UGUGUAAGUAGAGGAAGACAACACGACACAUUAAUCCUUGACUUUCGCAAAUUAACUUCAAAAUUGGCUUUUGUCUUGACCAGAAUGGCGGACACACGAAGCUGCCGUCGGGUUGGCGCCCUUUUGUCAACUCUUCUAAAGUGAAUGGCCUAAGCAGAGCGAGAUGAGCUGGGCCGAGGACGACUGGACCGUGGGCCUGUCGGGUCGAUCCCUGCAGAAGGUGAAGGAGCUGCAGAUCAAUCAGGAGCGUCUGUCCAGAGAGAACAAGCAGAAGCAACUGCAGCUGGACAACAUCCAGAUUAGCCACGAAAAGCAAACUGUGAAGUACGAGGAGGUGCGUGGGGAGCUCCAGGCGGUGCAGAGAGAGCUUCAAGUUGUCUGUGAGGAGGCCAAGUUGGCCGUGACCACGAGUCAGCGCCUGACCCAGGAGCUUCAGACCAAGCAGGCCCAAGUGUGCUCUUUGGAAGGCCAGUUAGAUGCUGCCCGCACCCUCAGCAACAAACUCACACAUGAAGUUAAAAGACUGGAAGCAGAACUUGAAAGGUUCCAGACCAGCAGUCGGUCAGCGGACAACACUCCCUUCUCGACACCCUGCUGGAGCACCAGCUCCCCCUGGGAGCAGCAUGGGAGCCGAAAGGAUGACCGGACGGGCCAGAGAGAGGAAGCUCAUAGCCAGUCCCUACACAUCCGACAGCGGCUCCAGUUCUCAGACGCUCCCCCUGCCUCAUCGCCGCGACAACCCAAGACCCAUCCGCGCAGCCACCCGUCCAACCAAUUGGACUUGUUCGCCCCUCCCUUGGCUGUGUUUCCGUGGGAGCGUGACGACCCGAGGCCGGCGGCCAGGAGACCAUCUCCAUCUUCUCCCCAGACGCCUGACAUCUUGGGUCAUGGCCCAUCGCAGCACCAGGCUUUGGAGAGAGAGCAAGAGCUCAGGACACAAACAGAAAUGACUUUGUCACAAAUGCAGCGUCAGGUGUCUUCUCUGGAGGAAGAGCUGAGUGUCAAGGCCGUGUCGUUAAAGUCACUUCAGGACGAGAUGGGGCAAAGCAAGAAGAAGAUGGCCGCCACGGAGCUCAGCCUGCAGAGGGCGCACAACGAGCUUGGUGCUGCGCACACACGAAUAAGUCAGGAGAGCGAACGGGCCUCAGGAGCUGAGCAGAGGCUGAAACAGCUUCAAGAGGAGCUUAAGUGCCAGAGGCAGAAUGCUGAGAGUAGUCGCCUGCAGCACCAACAGCGCACCAAGGAGCUGGAGAAGCAACAUCAGAGGGACGUGCUGGAGCUCCAGAAGGAGAAGCAGAGUAUGGAAAAGCAGCAUCAACAGGAGGUUCAUAAAUGCAACCAGGAGCUCCAGCAGGCCAGGACGCUUCACAAUGCCUUGCAGGCCCAGCAUGACAAGCUGUCUGUACAGCAGCAGACACUGGAUAAAGAGUUGGGGUCUUUAAAAGAGAAAGUCAAGUUCACAGAGAGACAGCUGCAGGAGAGUCAGAAAAAAGAAGCACAAAUCCAAGACAAACUGAAGGAAGCGAUGCAUAAUGCGGAGGGCGUGGCGGCGAGUCUCCAGCAGAGCAAGAAGAAAGUGCGAACCUUGGAGGAAGAGGCGAGCCGACUGGCAGAGGAGCGAGCUGGUGCCCUUCGCCUUCUCAAAGAACUGCAAGAGCAAAAAGUGACACCUCCACCAGGCUAUACACUGACUGUCCAGGCGGCUCCUGUUGGACAGAGCAUCUCGUCUCAAGCCUUUUGUCUUCCUACUCGAUCGUCGGCACACACCAAGAGGCCGGUCGCUCCCCGAGUAGAGCAGAGAAAAGGGGAACAAGAAGAGGUGGUCCAGGUUGUUGCAUCUUACCCCCAUGACAGAGAGCCAGGGGAAGGCAUAGACUCUGAACAUAUCAUACCGGACUCCGAGUGUUCCCACAUCGAAAAAGACUAUGAGGAGAAGGAUUUGUUUACGCUCAACAGGGAGGAAAGUGACAGAUUUAUUCUCGAUUCUCUCACAUCCAAACAGUCGAUACCCACCGACGACACCCAGAGGGAGAAUGCCGUGUUGCGUUCAGAACUGCAUGACAUGCGUGCGGAGCUCCAAAAACGACUGGAGGACCUGGAAGCCCAGCGACGGGCUGAAGUGGAGGCCAGGACCCGCCUGAAACAGCUGAGCCGGAAACAGGCCAGCCAAGGUGCAGAGAGAGAGGAGCAGGACAAGCAAUGGAAGGCUCAGGUGGAGAAAGAGAAGGCCGAGAAUGACCGGUUGAGAACGGUCCUCGCCACCUUGGAGGCAGACAUGGAGAGAGAGAAGGAGGACGAGGAAAAAGAGGAGCAGGAUGGGACAAAGCGCGCUCAAGAGGACCGGGAGACGGAAAUGAUGCAGCUUAACUUCCAGCUGAAGGAGCAGCUAAGUCACCUGAAAGUCCAGCUGGCUUUAGAGCGAGAAGGUAGAGAGCAAGAAAAAGAGGAGCGGACUCAAAUCACUACCAAAGACCGAGAAGGAAAGCGAGAGCUGAGCAAGAAACUGGAGGAACUUACAGCUGAGCUCGCUGAGCUGAAGCGCGUCAGAAAAGAAGAGUUUGUGCAUGAGGAGAAAUUCUCAGCCAGCAGCCCUGUGACGUAUCUGACGCUCCACAAUGACCAACUCAACUUCAUUGUCCCGGAUAACAAACCCUCGUCGCCAGAGCAACACGUCCUCCUCUGCCAGUCCACAAACCAGCACAACACACUGGUCUCCCAGGCAACGGCAGAUCUCAUCCAAGAGGAGCGAGCUGCAAUGAGACCACAGCACUUAGUGCUGUCAGACGAGGUCACUGAAAUGAGAGACGGCACUUUGACUCACUCUGAACUCCAGAAGGGAGAGUCCGUCAUCUCUGACCUCAACCGGGAGAUUGAGCGACUGAGGAAAGAAAAUGCGCAGGAGACAGAGCGUGCUAACCAGUUCCAAAUUAAACUGACAGCCCUUCAAAACCAGUUGACCAGUCAAACCCAGCAGCUGACUCUGGGCUUUGAGAAGCAGAGCCAGUACAUAUCCGGACUUCUGGCUGAACUGCAGGAGAAGGACCGCGCCCUACUCGGCCAAAAAGAGGAACUGCAGCGCUGCAAGCCAGCGCUGGGUGCACUAAAGGAUGAAAGAACGGGGGAUGAUACGAGGAGGAGAAAGAAAGAAAAAGUCUGUGAAGACCGAACAGAAGUUGCACUCGACUCUGUGGAUUCUUUAGUGCGGCAGACAAAUGCUCCAACAGGCAAUGUCAUCACUUCCAGCCUUCUCACAAACUCUGAUCACCAUAAACACGUGGCAGUGACACAAGUGCAUGACUUUGUAUGCUCAGAGAGGACUGAAUAUAGCCAGGGUUCUAGUAUUAAAGCUGUGUGUGGUCAAGAAGAAGGACAAGCACAAGUAAUUGCACCACAUCUCUCCCUCCAACGUGAGAAUGAACUUCUCAAGCAACGUACUGAGACGCGAAUCCUCUCAGACACAACCAACUUGGAACCAAGUGACACUCCGUCUCGCUCAAUAACGCCCAGUGCAUCACAGGACAUCACAUCGGAGACGAGAAGAACGGAAAAUGAGGUCAAAGAUUUCGAGAGGGAAGAACAACAAGAUGGCGCCUCACAGAGCCUCAUCAGCCACCUGCAGCAACAGGUGGUGGCGCAGCAGAGGAGGCUUCAGGAACUCUCCGAGGUGGCCCAGCAGCAGGCUGAAGAGCUGGCCAUCUGGAGAUUAGCUUGUCAGCCCAACUCCAGUUCGGAUCAGGACCAGCUCCUUCCCAACUCAGGGGACCAGUCUGAAAUGCGCCCUAGUCACAUGACCCAUACGGACAACAGCCUGGCGCUGGUCAUCAGAGAGGAUGAGGUUUUGCUCUCCUGUAGCUCCAACAGGCUGCAAGGCCGCAUGCUCUCCACCAGCAUGCAGCAGAAGGCGCCUUCAGAGUUGAGCACCAAUCAGCCACCUGCUGACAUCAACAAGGGUUCAGAGGAGGAAAGCCAACUGUCCAGAACACAUUCAUUCUUACACAAUCAGCUCCAAACACCACCUGUACAAAGGAGUCAGCAACAUGUCACCAAAGACGCAGCACAAAGGUCCGAUGACGAGUCGAGCAGCUUGAGAGCGCCCAAAGAUUUGAACAUGCCCAAAGACUCCUGGACACAAACUGAGGAGAGUCCCAGGGCAGCAGCACUUGAGAGCCAGUGUGUGUACACGCAGACCCAGGAGGAGGACCAUGAAGAGCUAGUCAAAGCUUCUCCCACCGUGUCUAAAGUUGAGACAUCUGAGGGGAGAGAGCUAAGAGACCAAAUGCUCUUUUCUACUUCCUUCCCCAUCCCGGCGGACCCCGUGCGUUUGGCCGAGAGAAUACGACGAAACAGGACGCAGCUGUCUGCCGCUUUUGACGACACCGAAUAUGAACCGUACGGCCUCCCGGAAGUUGUCAUGAAAGGCUUUGCAGACAUCCCCACUGGGCCCUCGUGUCCCUACAUUGUGAGGCGGGGCUUGUUGGGGACCGCUGUUGUCCCCGUCACGCAGAAGAUGAACCCCGAGGAGGAGACGGAUUGAUUGGUGAGCACACAGACGCCUUCCAUGGUCCUGUUGGCUUGUUGUGGCGGCAAGCGUUGAUCUCAGCGACAUGAUGGAUGACAUAGGCUUUAAAAAGGGACACAAAAAGUGCACCUGGGAUGAUGACAACAUCCCCACAUUACACACACACACACAUCUUCACCGACAUGACUUAUAUUUAGCAACUUGCAGGAGUCAUUUAGUGAGCUUUGUUGUUCUUUCCACACCACACCUCCCUUUUCCAAAAAACACUACUUCUCCAUCGCUAACUUUCUACGCACUUCUGGCCAAGUGAGCGAGGGAAUCAGUGCCUAGUUUUUUUUUGGUUUUUAGAUGAAGAUAACUCCAUGAAGGCCAAAGGGAGCUUGUUGUAAAAUGUGACAUUUCUUUAGUUUAUUUCCUGUUUAUCUUAUUUAUAGACGCAUGACUGCGUGCGAGUGAAGGGCAGGUGUUUACAGAACCUAAACACUGUACAUGAAAGUAUAGAGUGUGUGUGUCUUGGAGGUUAGCUAUGUUUUCAUCUCCAUGUUCCUGUGUGUGUGGGUGUGUGUGUGUGUGUGUGUGCAUGUGGGAGUAGCGGAGGGCCGCUGUCUGACUAACGUGCACUGCUUUCCGCUCCAUGUAUGGUUAAACACCCGCGCUCUCCCAACGCUUUUCUGUCGUGCAGUGAUGGCGUACUUGUCGGCCCGACCUGUUCUUCCUGCAAUGUUUUAUUAGCCGGCUGUGCACACACACACACCCAAGCUCCUUAAUACAAUCAGAUAUGACGUGCGUGUGUUUUGUGUUUCUCGCGCAAACUUGACUCCUCGGUUUAAAAUCUUCUGUGCUGUGAUUUAUUUAAGAUGUAGAUGAAGGGAUUUUUUGUUGUUUUGUUUUUUACAUUUUGAGUGGUUUUUUUUAGCGUUUUAUCAUCAUCCCUACUCAUUGACCAUAUUGAGACACACACACACUUUUUCCAUUUUGCUGCCUGAUUUAUGUGGGAUGUUUAGUCUUUUGGCAGUGAGGCAGGAUUGCGAGCAGGUCUUUGUGUAUCUUGUUACCUUACGUGAAUGUAAAAGUCUGUGGCUCCAAAUUAAACGUUUCCUUCUUAAGUUAUCCUC